CAUGGCGAUGACUGCAGGGACUACAACAUCCUUUCCCAUGAGUAACCACACCCGAGAGAGAGUGACAGUGGCCAAACUUACGCUGGAGAACUUCUACAGCAACCUAAUUAUACAGCACGAAGAGAGAGAAACCAGGCAGAAGAAACUAGAAGUGGCUAUGGAAGAGGAAGGCCUCGCAGAUGAGGAGAAAAAACUGCGCAGGUCGCAACACGCUCGCAAGGAAACAGAGUUUCUGCGACUGAAGAGGACUAGACUCGGCUUGGAUGACUUUGAAUCUUUGAAAGUUAUAGGAAGAGGAGCAUUUGGAGAGGUGCGCCUUGUUCAGAAGAAGGAUACAGGUCAUAUUUAUGCAAUGAAGAUACUAAGAAAAGCAGAUAUGCUGGAGAAAGAGCAG